AGAUUAUUCUAAAGUAACCAAAAACAUUUUAAAAUUGCGGACAACUUUUACUGCCGAACUGAUUUGUUGUUAAAAAUGGACGGAGCACAGGCGCGUGUGGAAGAAGCUAUUUCAAAAAUGGUUAAUAGCCUAGAUACUGAAUGCUUGCGAAAAAUGCAGGUUGACAUGUAUCAGUGUAGUGCUAAAUGUUGUCAAGACAGCAAAGCUUCCCUAGAAGAUGUACAAAGAUGUAUAGAUAAUUGCUCCAAAGAUGUGAACAAAGCUCAGGCAUAUUUACAGAAUGAAAUUGAGAUAUUUCAGAAUCGCUUGCAACGUUGUGCAAUGAGCUGUCAGGAUAAAAUACGUGAUGAACUCCCAGCUAAGCCAUCAGAUAGAGAUGUUGAAAAAACUAGACAUACUUUAGAGAAAUGUGUUAUUCAGUGUGCUGAUAAACAUGUGGAACUAGUUCCUGCACUGACAAAAAAAAUGCUCGAAACUUUGAAAAAUAGAAAUUUUUAGUUCAUAGUUUGUUUUUUUGUGUUAUAAAAGAAGUCAAUUUUAGUGGCAUGCAAGAUGUUGAGUGAAUGCCUUGUUCAUACAUUAUAUAAGCAUUGGAAUGUUGUUUUUUUCCAUUGAUGACUUGGGUGAUAAUUUUAUUAAUGAUUUGAUAAAAAGAAAAUAAACUACUUUGCACAUAUACAAUAAGUUUUGUAUGUAUAUUGUAAAGGUUACACAAGCAA